UCGACCUGAUUCAGAAGGGCUAUACUACGAUUACGUAUUCACCACGCGUCCCUCUCACCUACUGAUACUCUCGAGUGCCGGACUAGAGGAAAUUGGAUAGACUACUCCAAGUGUCACCCAACAAAAAGGGCAACUUUCAGAAAGCAGAGGCAACACCCAGGACAUCUAUAUCUACGUGCUUCAGCUGAGAUUGCACAAGUUCUUCGUCACCGGAUCCUGUACCAUUGUCUCCGCCACGUGUACAAUUAAGAAGCCCUUAUGAACAGAUUGGACACUUGAAGACGUAUUCGACGUAGACGUGCUUCCCAGAUUGCCAUUUAAAGUGACUGUCACGUGAUUGCAUGGAUUUGUUUCAUCCUAUGAUGUCAAUAUGAAUCUCUAGGAUUGCGGUUUCAUUUGAAGCCGACUAACUGCAACCGCAAUAAGGUUUAACAAAAAUGGAACACUCUUGUCAGGUUUCAAAGGAUUUCAUUACAUGCACUUUUUAAAUGUGCAUACAAUCACGUACGCGCAUAACCGAUUGAUCAAAGAGGAGAAAUUUCAUACUAGUUUGACAUCGAUGGAGGAUUGUCUGUCAACCUUAAGAUGAGUGGAAAGAAUGAGCCAAGAGCGACUCCACUAGAGAGCACCUUAACAAGAUUCUGUUUUAGAGAGCUCUCAUGGUCGCUAGCACGAGGACUAGCAUUAGGUCUUACAUAAAUAUUUUUCUUACUGCGAGACCUAAAAGAGGAAGGACACAUGGAGCCGUCCAAGAGCUCCAGAAUCUCACAAAGUACAAUCGAAAAGCACACCGUUUCAUUCCUCACACGCUGUACUGUCCUAGCCUUAUCAGUAGUAUGGAUCUUCGUAAGUAUACCCAUACUUGUCGUCGUCUUGGUGAUAGUGGUGAUCGCCUGGAUGGUAUACCGUCUCAAUUCAUGUUGUUCUCACAUCUUCGGAAGCUGUCCAGAGUUUCUUACUACGACAGAACUCUUCUGGCUCCUCACAAGCAAAGACUCACCAUCGAUUCUACAGUGCCUUAUCAAACUUGAUAGUUAUGUCACGGUAAACUCAGUGCGCGACGUCAUAUCCAACAGAAUUUCGAAUCCAAACACCGCAGGUUCGGAUUCCUUUCUGCGGCUUCAGAAACGGUUAGUGAGGACGUGGGUGUCUUGUGCUUGGUACCGGGACAACGAUUUCUCCUUGGAGAAUCAUGUGACUGAAUUGGCUGGGAAGUUUAAGUCUGAGGUAGACGUCGAAACGCAUAUCGCCCUCAUGGCUGAUAAGGAAUUUGAAUCCGAAAGGCCACUCUGGAAUAUCCAAUUGCUUCAGUGUGGUUGGGAGAACAGGACCUAUCUUCUUGUGCGUGUGCAUCCGUGUUUCGCCAAUGGAAAUGCCUUUCUUGAUCUUCUGUGUCAGCCUGUAACAGAGAGUGUCCAUUCGCGCAAACCGCCAGAAGAACAGAACUCGUCGCAUCCUUUAUUGAGCAUCAUCAGUGCUGUGCUCUUUGGACCUUUACUCAUAGCAUAUUUCAAAUUAUCCUCCAGAAGCAACUCACCCAAUGUCUUUCCCGGAAUGAGUCCUAGCGGUAAACAUGCAAUCGCUUGGUCUCGUCCCGUCAACUUUCAGCAGGUCCUCGAAAGUAGAGUUGUAGCGAACUGCCACAUAUCGGACUUCGCGUUAUGUGCCGCUGCGGGUACCGUACGUUCCAUCUUGCCACAUGCUACCCUGCAGCAAGGCUCAGAGACCUUCAUGACCAAUCUUCUGUAUAGCUUCCAAAGAUGCAGUGACGCUUGUGUCAUCAGUUGUACACCGGAAGUGCCUUUGGAUGCGCAAUUCGCCACAAUCCCUGUGCAGUUGCCGUUGCGCACAGAAGGAAUCAUCCCAAGACUGUGGGACACCCUACGCACCACCAGAACUCUACAGCAAUACUGCGCUCAGUCCAUCUCCUGCGGCGUCCUCCAGAUCCUGACACUUCUCAUUCCAUCCAGGUUCUCAGCUCUCUGGCUCUCAAAGACACUCGCUAGUGGUCAGUGCCUGGUCAGUCAUUUCCAAUCAUCACAGACGACCAUGUCCUUGGCCGGAGCCACAGUGUUAAGCAUUGUCCAGUGGUUUCCACCAGGGAGAAAUUCUUUCAUGAGUUUUUCGGUGCAGAUCUAUAACAAUGAACUUCGCGUCGGUGUAGUUGUCGACACAUGCUUGUAUGCGAAGGCCAAUACCAUGGCCGAACAAUUUGCAACUGAGAUCGACACACUCAUCACCUUUUGGCGCACCGCCGGGUCCUUCGGAAACAUCGACACAAAAAGAGGGAAGAGUUUGAAGACAUCGAUGAAUUUGAUGACUACCUCGAUCAGGAGAACGACCAGGAUGUGACAUUCGACGAUGAGAUCUGCCGACCCUGCUGGUCCCAGCGAGGCUCCGACAUCACCCAAGACGAGAACGACCAACCC